AUGGGGACUUUUAAAGGAAUAGAAGACGCUCCUUCGACCGAGUUACCGCCACAGCAUGGAGUUGAGGACAACGGCGCAGGUCGGGGAGAGGUCAUUGACCCCGUGAGCGGGGUCAAGAGAGGCCUCCAUACUCGGCAUCUCAGUAUGAUGGCAUUGGCUGGCAUCAUUGGGCCGGGGCUGCUGAUAGGAUCUGGCGGAGCAUUGUCCAGUGGCGGGCCAGCGUCGCUGAUCAUUGGAUUUGGAGUAAUUGGCAUCAUUGCAUUCAGUAUCAUGCAGUCACUCGGUGAACUCACGACUCUGUACCCCAGCGGCGGCGCCUUCAUCAAGCUUGCCGAUCGCAUGGUGGACAAGGCCUUUGGCGUGGCUGUCGGGUGGAAUUACUUUAUCAUUUGGAUUGCGGUGCUUGCAAACGAGUACAACACGCUUUCCAGCAUCUUCGUCUUCUGGAGCGACAAGGUGCCUCUCUGGGGAUACUUUUUGAUCUUCUGGUUCGUCUUCCUUGGCUUUCAACUCCUCGGUGUCCAGGCCUUUGGCGAAGCAGAAUUUUGGCUCGCAUUGCUCAAGCUCGCCGGCCUGACGGCCUACUUCAUCUUCGCCAUCGUCUAUGCAGCGGGCGGUCUCAAGGGUCAACAACAUGCCCUUGGUUUCCAAUACUGGCAUAAUCCAGGCGCCUUUGCUGGCCACGGUUUCAGGGGAGUAGCUACCGUCUUUGUCUUCUGCUCCACCUUCUACGCUGGCUGCGAGUCCGUCGCUAUUGCGGCUACUGAGACGAGAAACCCCAAGGUUGCUGUUCCUCGUGCGACCCGUCAAGUAUUCUGGCGCAUCAUCUUCGUCUACAUGGGCUCAGCGUUUUUCUUCGGUCUCACUUGCCCGGCGAAUGCCCCUGGCUUGGUGGGCGGCGCGAGUCGUGCUCUGAAAAGUCCCAUGACUAUCGCUAUUCAAAAUGCCGGAUGGGAAGGUGGCGUCAAUCUCAUCAACGCUUUCAUCCUCGCGACCUGUCUCUCUGCAACGAACAGCUCCAUCUAUAUCGGCUCUCGCACAAUCCUGUUCAUGGCGCAAGACGGCAAAGCCCCACGUUUCCUCGGCCGAACGGAUGCACGCGGUGUGCCCGUGUAUGCCAUCAUCUUCACCAAUCUUUUUGGUGCACUGUCCAUGAUGAACGUCAGCACCGGCGCCAGCAAGGCAUACGGCUACAUUAUCAGUCUUAGCGGCGUGUCGACCUUUCUCGUUUGGGGCUCAAUAUCGUUCAUCCACAUCCGCUUCCGCAGAGCUUGGGCCAAGCAAGGCCGCAAUGUUCAGGAUUUGCCGUUCAUAUCGAUGGGAUAUCCGGUGAUUGCGUACUUUGGCCUUGCAGCAAAUAUAUUCCUCGCUCUGGUUCAGGGCUGGACGACGCUCAGUCCCUUUGAUGCUGGCAAUUUUGUCGAUGCGUACAUUCUGCUCCCUCUUUUCCCCAUUAUUUAUUUUGCGUACAAAUUCUUCUUCCGCACAAGGUUUCAGCGUCUGUUGGAGAUCGAUUUGGAUACAGGCCGCCGCAAGGAUGUCGACCUCUCUGAAAGCGAUGAGGGCGGUGAUUCGGCGCAAGGCGGUGAUUUUGAGUCGCUUGGCGGUAAACACAAAGUACCGUUUUGGAAACGAUUUUUGCAAAAUUUUUAA